AUGAAUUGGAAGUGUGUAUGCCAUAUAAAUAAUUAUUUACCGAGAGGGUCCCUUGGUUCUUUGCGCAUCCAUAUCUUUGCUUGGUCAUCCCUACUUUCUCUCCCGCGGCUCUCACCUUGUGGUACUUGCUUACUAGGUUUAGGGGCAGAAGAUGGAAAUGUCCAUGUAAUUUCCGUGUUUAGGAAUUCAAAUAUGGCUACACACUCCAUCAAUCUUGAGUGCGGAUGGCUGGUACGGCUUUCCUUUUCGUCAUGGACCAUCCGCAGUCAAACGGCCGUCUGUAACCUUGUCUGUGUAUCGCAGAACAGCAACAUUUAUAUCGUGCGUGUUGCUGUAGAUCUCUUAACCGGUGAUUUCGUAAUGCAUCGUCAAGAUUUUCCUUUUAAAAUUGGUCACCGGUCUAUAGCACCAGUUGUAACCUGGUCUCCUGUGUUCAAUGACACAGAAUUCCUUGCACUUGCUUAUCCAAAUACCCUCUACAUUUCUUGUUAUAGCAAGGCAAAUGAGGAAUUUUUCUCUAUCAAGCCACACGAGCUUACUUCAGUCGCUUCACCCGUAGGUGUUUUCUUUGCUCGUGAUGACAGAAACCGAAUUUUAGUGUAUAUCUUGACUUCUUUAGCUGAACUCCAAGUUGUACUUUUGGAAAUGGAUCCAAGCAAUGCUCUAGAGUUUCCUGAAAAGCAGCUUCUCGAUAAGUUUUUAACGCAUCGCCUACAAAAUUACGGCUCCACUUCGGAACCAUCGAAAAGCUUACGUAUACAUGCUUUUUGUCCUUCGCCUUAUUCAUCAACGGCUAUCAUACAUUUCAGUGUGUCAUACCCAAAAAGCUUCAUCUAUACUGCUUCAGCAAUGGAACGUAGUUUUUGUGCUUAUUCUCCUACUAUCGCCUCAGAAACCACUUUCUCUCAUUUGGUUAGUUCUUUCCUUACAAAUUGUUGUUUCAUAUCUGCAGAAGGCUGUUUCUAUGAAUUGUCUUUACUAGAAGGCAGCAACAAAGUUUUUUUUGACGUAUUAAAAAUGCUGUCAGAAAGCUUAUCCCAACUCUUAAUCUCCGAUUUUGAUUAUUGUUUGAAAUUUAAGGACACAACACCCUUUUCUAAUUUAACCAGCGUAUUUUUUGAUCCUUCUUUAAAUUCAUUACGGCUUCUUUAUGGAUGGAGUGUCUAUAGCCAUAAAAGUCUGAACAUUUCAAUCUUUUCUUCUUUGCGUAACCGACUAGUCCUUUCUCUUAUGGUUUUCGCUUUGAACAAGGUAUCGUCGAACAGUAAUUAUUUAACUGUUACGUGUAAAACCAUUUUAAAAAAUUGUGUUUCAUUAACUUAUAAAGAAUUAUCUGAAGUCCCGAUUGCACUUGAAAUCGCUAGUCGAAUUGGCAAGUUUAUUGAUAUUCCUUCUGCGUUUGAAGAAGUAUGUCCUGCUUGCAAAAGUCAUAUCGAAUCGACGAAUGAAGCAAUAGCAACUUGUAAUAAAGGCCACGUUUGGCAACGUUGUUCGAUAACUAUGCUUUUACUAUAUCAACGGACUGCUAAAUACUGCUCAAUUUGUAAAUCUGUAACUGUGGAUUGGGGGUCGUUGAAUAUCCAGGGCGCAUGUUUUACGAAAGAAAUCCAGGAAGAAUUGGGUAUUUGUUACUAUUGCGGUGGUCAUUACUUAUCAUGA